AUGUUUGGAAAAUAUCCUGCGCCAUAGUAAUCUACUUAUUAUAAUUAGUAUGGCAAUGAUAAUGAUGAAGAUGAAUAUGAUGAUAUGGAUGAAGAGGGAACUAUCCCUUUAGAGGAAGAUAUAGAUUCGAAUUAUGACCCAAGCGAAGAGGAAAUUAUUGAGUAUGCAGAAUACUUGGGAAUGGAUUCUAGGGUCGAUAGGGAAUUUUUCUAUAUUGCUAGAGAGGGAUUAAAGGCACCUCUACCUAAGCCUUGGAGAGCUAUGAGGAAUUCAAAAGGGGAAAUAUUUUAUGUUAAUUAAAUCACAAAUGAGAUGACCUUUGUGCAUCCUUGUGAUGAGUUUUAUAAAAAUGAGUUUUUGAAGGCUAAAACAAAAAAUUCUUAAAAGAAGUAGCAGUAAAACAAUAUGUAAAGUAGAAAUUAACAAGAAACAUUUGGCAAAAACAGCUUUAAUGUUCCUCCUUAGAAACUUAAUCCACCAACACAAUUAGGGGCUUUGAAGCCUAAAGGAAUACUUUCGUCUUCAAAUAAUAAUUCUUUGUUGUUAAGUAAAAAUAAUUUGUAAAGCAGUGUGCUAAAUAAUAAUAACUCUUUAUUAGCAAGUGGUAGUAAAAAUAAUUCAAUUUAACUUUAAAAUUUUGGAAGCAAUAAUAAGCAAAUGCCCUAGAAAAAUGAGAGUGUUAUGAAAAAUGAUAGCAUUAAUUAAAGUAAUUUUUAAAAUAAUGACAGCAUUAUGCUAAGUAAAAGCAUUUAUGCUUAAGGACAAUAUUCUUCUAAUAUAUAAAAUCACUAAACUUCUAAUGAAGUAUUCAUAUUUGAUGAACAAAGUGGGAAUGGUAUGACUUCAAAUAACAAAAUUAAUAAAGGCAAUUCUUUUUAAAAAAAUGAAACUAGCUUUUAGUCUUUUGAAGAAAAUUAAUAUGAUUAAAAUAAUUAUAUGAGAAGUUCAAUGAAUUAAAGCAGGGUAGAAGGUUUAGCAGGUGAAAGCAAUAAUAACUUGAAUGAGAAUAAGUAAAGAGCUCCUAUGUACACGGAAUAAUCUGAUGCUAUGAAUGAUGAUUAAAUAGAAGAAGAAUUGCAUUUCUUUGAAAAUUAUUUAAAAAAGUAAUAUCAAAAUCAGAUUGAAGAAUAUGAAAAACAGUUAAAAUCAAAAAAAGAUGAGUAUGAAUAAAAGAAGGAUACAGACUAAAUCAAACAGAAAAACAAAAGAGAAGAGUUUUAAGAAGAAAAGAGCAAAAAAUAAUCAGAAGUUUAAAAAAAGCUAUCUUAAAUUAAAGAAAAAGUUAGGAAGGAAAAAUACAAUGAAUUGAUUUUAGAAAUGGAGAAGCAAAUUAAGCAAAUUAAAUAACAACACGAAGAAAAUGUGGAAAGCACAAACAAAAGAGCCAAAGAAGAUUACCAAUAUGAAUUAGACUAAUAUCAAGAAGACAAAUAAAAUUAGUAUCAAUACAAGAUAGAAGAGUAAAAAAAGCAAAAGAAGAAAAGGGAAGAGCUUAUAAUAGCAAAUAAAGAUAAAAUAGAAUUAUCUAAAAAAAGGCUAAAUUAAAAAUUUUAAGAAUUAGAAGUUGAAUUGCAAUAUCAAUAAUUAAAAAAGCUUGAAGAAGCAGAUGCUGAUAUCUAAUUAGAAUAUUAGCAAAUAUAAUAAAAUUAUAUAAAAGAACUUGAAGAAGAAGAAAACAGGAUAUAUAAACUUAUUAAUAGAGAUGAAAAAGAUGUGUAAAAAGAAAUCUUUUAAAAAAAAAUCUAGCUAAAAGAUUUAUAUUAAAGGAAAUACGAUGUUAAAAAAACUGAAGAAAUGAAUAAAAUUUCUGAUAAAUUAAGAAAAUUUCAAUAAGAACAGUAGAUUCUCUUAGAAGAAAAAAUAAAAAGAGAAGAGCAAGAUUUUAUAGAUGGUUUAAUCAAAUAAAAAUUAAAAGAGCCUCAAAAGUUAUUCUAAAAAUAAUUGGAUGAUUUAACCUAAAGCCACGAAAUUAAAUUGUAAGAUAUAAAGCAUAAUUAUGAGUCUAAAAUAAAAAAUUAUGAAGUGUUAGGACUAAAAAGAAUAAAUGAUUUAAGAACUGAGCUUGAGAAAGAAAAUCAAAAACUGCUAAAUUAGUCAUUUAAUAGCAAUUAUAAUAGCAACAUAGAUAUUCAGCAACAAAAAGUAUUAGAUGAACUUCACCAAAGUGUUAACUUGAAGAAGUAAGACCUAAAAUUAGUUAAAUAGUAAUAAAAAUAUAUCCAAAAUGAGAUGAGUAAAUAGCUUAUGAUACAAGAUUUAUUGCAAUCUGAAAACAGAGUAGAUUUCUUGAAAUAAUUAUCAGAUAAAAAAUCUGAACAAAUUGAUAGCUAUGGGAAAAUGAUAUCUUAUACUGCUUAAAAAGGCUUAAUAAAUUCUUAAAAUUUAUUUAAUUCUAACAGUUAAUAUAAAUAAUCAUCAAAUAAAAAGUAUGAUUUGCCUUUAUAAAUCAAUAAUUUAUAAAUGAACAUGAAUAUGAGUAAAAAUUAAGAAGGUGGAUUAAAUUAAGUUUCAACAAAACAUUAGUAAAAUCAUCAUAAUUAUAACAAUAUGUAUAUCACUAGUGAUUAAGAUUAAUAAGAGCCCAUAUCUACUUAUCUCCACUAAAAUCUUCAGUAAUUAGCACACUAAAAAAACUAAGAGAGGAUAGAACAUAAUCACGCUUAGCAGAAUUAGUUUAAUUAAGAUUAAAAUAAUCCUCCUCAUUCUAACAGAGUUAUAUUUCCAGAUGAUGAUAGUGAUGAUGAUUUUCAUGACUCAUUUACAUAAGAGCAAUAAAGAUAAAAAUAUAUCGGAGAUUCUGAAAAUAUAAGAAACUAAAUUAAUAAAGCACCUCAUGACAGAGAGGAAAACUUAGAAAACGAUAACGAAGAGUUUUAUUAAAAUAAUAUGCCACUUCAAAGAUAAGACUUAAGCUAUAGAAGGAGUAGUAAUGGUUAAUCUCACAACUAGUAAAUUAUGAUACACAAUUAGCUAUCCCUAGCAGAAGAAACUUAAGGUGAAGAUGAAGAAAACGAAUAACAAUAAUUCUAAGAUGAUUAACAGCAAUAAAAUGCUGAAGAUCCUUUAAUUUAAUUUCUAGAUGAAGAAUGGCAGCAAAUUGAUUAAUUAAAAGAAGAGCUGAGAUUUGAUAAAAUUAUCAUAAAAAAAUCGUAUGAAUUUUUACAAUAUGAAAAAAAUAAAAUGAAACAAUAAGUUCAGUUGAUAGAAUCUAAUUCUCAUUAAACUUAAGAAAGCCAAAACAAAAUUAAAGUUAUGAAAAAUAAAUUGUAGCAACUUACAGACGCUUUUAAUUAAGAUGUUUAAAUAACAAGACAAAAUUAAAAAUUCCUUUAAAACAGAGAAGAAGCUUUAUUUUAAAUUGAAGAUUUGCUUGAAUCAGGAAACUUUACUCAAGAAGAACUUUCUUAAAAAAUUGACCAUUAUUAAAAAUCCGUGGUUUAAUAUGUUUAUCCAAAGCUCAACAAACAAAUAAGAGAAAAUCAAUAGAUAGCAGAUCACAGUAAGGGAAAUAUGUCAAUCGAGGAGCUUCUAUAAAGAACAUUUGAUCUAUCUUAAAAUUAUGGUGACUUUACAACAAAUUUCCAACUAAGCAACUAUCAAACUUAAUAUAAGCAGUAGCUCGAUAAAUAGCUGUAGUUGUAUUAGUUAGAGAAAUAAUUUAUUUAAGAAGAUAACAAUAUAAACCUAAACUCAAGAAAACAUAGCAAGUAUUAAAAUUUUUUGUAUACAGAUGCUGAACAACUUGAUUAAAUUUUUGAGGAACACACAAACUGGCUUAAAAAUAUGAAACAACAGUUAAAUAAUGAUCUAUACACAAACAGAUACAGCUAAGACUCUACAAAAAGAAAAUAAUUUAAUUUCUCUUAUGAUAAUUUAAAGUAAAAAAUGUUAGCAGCUAAUCUUCUAACAAAAAGAAUAGGAAAUAUGACUGUACUAAACUUAUGA